UUGGAAAGGGAAUCAGGACCAGCGAGAUUUUUUUUCCCCCUCCUCCUUUUUCUUUUUUCUUUUUCUCCCCCCCUCCCCCCUUUUCGUUUUUUGGCGGCGCGAUCUGGUGCGGAAGAAAGUGAAAGCCUGGAACGCGGCGGAGAAAGUCGAGCGGAGGAGGCGGAGGUUGCGGAGAGGGGCGAGGGAGAGCGAGGACGAGAAGUGGGCGCCGCCUGGUCGCUUCUGCGCGCUCUCGAGCUCGACCGCGGCGGGAUAAAUGCCGGAUUCGGGGCGGCUCGCUUUAGUCGCUGAGCCGAGCGGUGGGAGGACGAGGCGGAGCUGCAGCAGCUUUUUUUUCUCCGGCCGCUUAGAGGCGAGGUUAUUCUAGAUUGGAACCAUGUAUUGGCAUUUUCCUCUCCUCUUUGCUGCCUUGACAUCAACCUAUGUGUGCUUUCCUCAAAACCAUUUGUCACUAGAGGAAUUGGGAUCGGACAUUGGAAUCCAAGUUUUCAAUCAGCUGGUCAAAACCAGAGCUGGUGAUAAUGUUGUGGUUUCUCCUCAUGGAAUUGCAUCAGUACUUGGGAUGCUUCAGCUAGGAGCUGACGGCAAGACAAAGAAGCAGCUGACUACAGUGAUGAGAUACAGUGUAAACGGAGUUGGUAAAGUAUUGAAGAAGAUAAACAAAGCUAUUGUCUCAAGGAAGAAUAAGGAUAUUGUUAAAAUUGCAAAUAUAGUUUUUGCGAACAGCGGGCUGAAAAUGGAAGCAUCUUUUGUUUCUAGAAACAGUGAAGUGUUUCAGUGCCCUGUCAAAAAUAUAAAUUUCAAAGAUCCGAAUGCUGCUUCCGACGCUAUGAACCAGUGGGUCAAAAAUAAAACUGAGGGUAUGAUCGACAGUGUCCUAACCGCAGAUGAUAUUGACAGUGCUCUGACCAGACUAGUAGUGAUAAAUGCAGUAUAUUUUAAGGGAUUAUGGAGGUCCCGAUUUCAACCUGAAAACACAAAAAAGCGAACAUUCAAUGAAGGUGAUGGAAAGACUUACCAAGUGCCUAUGCUGGCUCAGUUGUCAGUUUUCCGAUGUGGCACAACAAGCACUCCUAAUGACUUGUGGUAUAAUACUAUAGAAUUGCCAUAUCACGGUGAAAGUAUCAGCAUGUUGAUUGCUUUGCCUGCACAAAGUUCAACUCCCUUGUCGGCUAUUAUUCCUCACAUUAGCACAAAAACGAUACAGAGCUGGAUGACAACUAUGGUUCAAAAGAGGGUACAGGUCAUUUUGCCCAAGUUUACAGCAGAAGCAGAAACAGAUUUAAAAGAACCUCUCAAGGAGCUUGGCAUUCGAGAUAUGUUUGUUCAAUCAAAGGCAAACUUUGCAAAAAUAACAAGAUCAGAAAACAUUUAUGUAUCUCAGCUCUUGCAAAAAGCAAAAAUAGAAGUAACUGAAGAUGGAACCAAAGCUUCUGCAGCAACAACUGCAAUUGUAACAGCUCGGUCAUCACCUCCUUGGUUUGUAGUGGAUCGACCAUUUUUAUUUUUCAUACGGCACAACCCUACAGGUGCUGUUUUGUUUAUGGGACAAAUCACCAAACCUUGAAUAAAGGAAGAGAUUCUUUCCUUCUGAAGAAAACUAAAGAUUGAUGCCUUUGUAUGGUUUAAAUAUUUUUGUAUCCCGUUUUUCAGCUAUGAACUAGCUGUGGAAAUGUUGGUCAUCUAGUUUUUGAAAAAGAACCUUAAGUAGCUGGAAUUCUUUAUGGAAGAAUAAAAUGCCUUUUUGAAAACAUUGUAAAGUUCCUUAAAACUACUGAUUAGCUCUCUGUGCUAACAACUUUUGAAAAUUUGUUGUUCUAUUUCAUAUUGUCUUUAAACCCAGUUGAAAUUAAAGGGACAAGUCUGAUUUUGGUUUGCUUAUGCCUUUCUACUACUACAGUUCAGUAGUUGGGUGAGGCAUUUGCCAUUAGAAAGCAAUUGAAAGCUUUAGCAUUUUUUUUUAUUUUAGUUUGUGCAUGUUGCUAAGAUUUAAACAACUAAUGUCCCAAUUAAUGCCUUUGCAUUGGUGUAAUGUCAACUUGUCAUUGGUAGUAUACACUUUCUAUAGAUUUAAAUUUUAUAUUUUUUGUACAAAGGAAAAUAAAAUCAUAAUGAACAGUCGAAUCUAGUGCAAGAGUCAAAAUGAUAUCGGAGGGAAACAAUUACUCACAAUUCAGAAUGUUGAAAGUAAACUGUUACUAUGCUAAAAUUUCCAUGUGAUAAAAUAAUUCCUGUAAGGAACGACCUGCAUUUUGGAAUACUUCUGUUAAGUAAAUUUUCAAAAUGUUCCAUUCUGUCUGCAUUUUAGUAAUUCAUUGUAUUGUAUUGGACAAUAAGGGUGUGAUGGCUCAGCGGUCAAAGAUCCUGAACUUGUCAGUUGGAAAGCUGACAGCCUAGGUUCAAGCUUCUAGAGCUGCACAACAGUGAGUUCCUGUGCUCCUGCCCACCUAGCAGUUUGAAAGCAUGCAAAUGUGAGUAGAUUAAUAGGUACCACAUCAAUAGGAAGAUAACAACAUUCCAUGCACCUUUGGUAUAUAUAGCCAUGCUGGCAACAUGACCACAGAAAAUGUCUUCAGGCAAUGCUGGUUCCUUCAGCCAAGAAACAGAGAUAAGCACCAUGCCCUAGAGUAGGAUGCAAUUAGACAGAGAAACCUUUACCUUUUUAUUAGAGAAUAAUGUCAUGUCAAGUAUAUUCCUGAAAUAUAUUUGCAUGCUACAAAUAUUUUAAACCAAUAUCUUCAGAUAUAGGAGAAACUGUCCAUUAUUGAAAUAGCCCUAAAAUCAUUUUUAAAAUAUUAAAAUUAUUUUCCCCAACAAUAUAAUUACCCUGGAUAAAGCUCUGUUUUUUCCUUAUGUCAUGGAAAGAAGGUUACAACUUUUUCAUCUAUUGGAAAGUAUUUUAAUUGUUCCAGAUAACAUGUGCUUUGUAUGUCCUUCUGAUAUGCUUCUCUUAAAAGAUAAUUUUGGUACAAUUCAAUGGAAGAUUUUUGUAACAGCUUCCACCUGGAUAUGUAGAAUAUUUUUCAGUGUCAGGCAUAAAUACUCCAGAAAGCUGAAUGCGGAAAAAAUGUAAUACUGUGUAUAAGCAUGGACAUCACUAUUGGUUGUUAAAUCAGUUGAUUUUUCUAAAAUGUAUUCUAUUCAACCCUAUGAUUUUUUAGGAACUCAAUUGAAAAAAAAAUGAAUUAAAAGAAAAAUCACAUUCUGCCAAUUUUCUACCAUUAGAGUUUAAAAAUGGUUCUAUUGCCUGAAAAUAACUGAAAACUUCUGUGUUAAAUUGAUGAAUUUUAUCUGUAGCAUUAAAAAAAUUACGUUCAGUGUAACUUUUAUUUAACAAUAUUUAUAUAUCACUUUAUUGCAAGACUCUAAUGAUUCACAAUAAUUGAAUAGUUCAUAAAACCAUUGUUACCUUAAAAUUACCAAAUACAAAAAAUUCUACAUAGACCAAAUAUAGCAGCUACAGUUCUUAUCAAAGUAUUAUCUAGAAUCCCAAGAAAGAUACUGUAAUAGUUUCAUCUCUUUUGGAAUACAAGGAAAGGGCAAUCCCAAUUUUUCCUUAGGGACCAAGGGAAAAGCGAGCCCACAUCCUAAACCAUCUGGGGAGAGAAAAUCAGGAGCAUACACACAAGGCAGGAUAAUUCUACUUUGAGGAGCCAAUCCUGUAAAAAUCGAGAUCUUCAGCCAUAGAGAUGAAGCUGCUGGUACAGAUUACUAUAUCAUAUGCUUGCUUACAUGAAGUAUUUUAUAUGUUUCUGAUUGUCUUUAUUGCUGCUUCACACUUUUCCUAAUACUCAUUAAACAAAUGUUAGAUCCAAAGCUAUACAAAUUUAUUAGCAAAUUGUGACAUGAUAAAGAAUUAGACAAUUACUUUCAAGAUUUUUCUUGACCCUAUUUUAUGUCUGUGUUGAGUGUAGUAAUUGAUGGACUUUAUUUACUCUUUGGGAUAAGGUUUGGCAAUAAAAAUAUUUGUGGAAUGGAACCUGGAAACCAAAUAUUGUCUGCUUCCUUAUAAUUGCUGAAAAAAUUCCAGUUGCUUUUGAAAAUAAGAAUUGUACAUUAAAGUUAAAAUUUACUUGAUUAGAAGACUAACUUUUUCUACAAACACAUAGAAGAGUGUCAGGAGCAGCUGUAUAGUUUUAUGCAUUUGAGAACAAACUACAACUUGAGUUGCAGAAUAUUUGUCUUGGAAGGCUCAGUAUCGUUAUUCCUGGCAAUUGUGAAAAUGUACUAUUCUGCUUUUGGAUUUUCUGAAUGCUUGCAUAUCUUUGCCAGUGAAUCUUACCGGGGGCCCAUGUGUGUUAUAAAAGAAAUGUGAAAAAAGAACACCAAAGUUUGGUACUUUUUUCAAGUGUGCAAAAAUAGAGAAUAUCCAGAAAGGGGUAAUAUCGUGUAGUACUCUCUCCUUAAGUCAUCUUUUUUUUUCGUAAUGAUUCUUAGGAGAAUUUAAAGUUGAGUUUGCUUUAAUCUUCAGCAAUUAAUUGGACAAGUUCUAAAAACAGAAAUAUAUCAAAUCUACAUUCAGACAAUUCAGCCAUCAGCAGACACACAGAAAUAAACAAUAUCUAUAUAACUUUCAAAUGAAACAAUCAAAAGAGAAACAAACAAAAAAAAACCUUAAACACCUCACCAGCAAUCAACACAGAGAGAUUAAGCACAACUCUUCUCUAUUCACAGCAAUGAACAGAUUAAUACCAAAUGAACACCAGACCAACAAUCAAGAAGCAAACAAUACCACAAUUAAGAAACUAUCAACUCCAGACAAACAAGCUAACAGUAAAUAACAGUCCAAUCAAGGAACCACCAGCUCUCUUUCCACCAAGGAUAGGGCAAGCCAUUAGUAUAUAACAUGAGAGCAAAUCCUACUCCCUUACUAGCACUGACAAUGUUACCAAGUUUCAUAAUGAAACAUCUGCAAGGAAACAACCAGGUUCAAAGAGUCCACAAAAAUGUAUCUAGUAAUAAAAUUGGUCAAAAAGAUUUUAUAUACCAUUUCAUUAUUACAAUAUGACCAAUUACAUUCUCUUCAAAAAAAGAAAUAAACAGUUGUAUUAAUUAAUGCUUAAAAUUUAUAUAAUCACCCUUUCAAUUGUUUAUGCUAAUAAUUUACAUUAGUAUUUGGAUUUAACAGAAGCUAAUUAAGUGUUAUGAUGUAUCAGUAUCAAGGCCAUUAAUUUACAAUGUGGUAUUCUAAAACCAUCUGCUUUUUAUUAUUUAUUUCUAUUGCCUUUAAUAACAAAAAAGUUCUUUAAUAAAAAAAAAGCCUGA